AAGAAGGCUUUAGAGAUUCCUCACUUUGUUCUAUGUUUUAGGCCUUCCUCAGAUUAGAAAAACUCCAUUAGUUUCAUAUGCAUUUCCUCCCCCCAAAAUGGAGGUAAAAUUUAAAAUGCAAAGUGCUUUCAAAACGUAAUAAUUGCUCUGUGGUGCGCGAGCCGCGGGAAGUGGCUCGCUGGCCGGGACAGGUCGGGGUGCAGUGUGCCCUGCUCUCAGAUCAUCUUCAUUGCCUGCCCCAGUGGAGCACCUCCUGCAUUAAUGUUCACAGCCACCUCUGAGGUCUCUGCUGUUUCCUCCUGACUUCACCAAACAACCAUGUCAUCGGAAUCGAGCAAAAAUCGAAAGCCCAAAGUGAUCCGAAGUGAUGGAGCUCCAGCUGAAGGGAAGCAUAAUCGUUCUGACACUGAACAGGAAGGUAAAUACUACAGCGAGGAGGCUGAGGUGGACCUGUGGGACCGCAGAGACUAUGAGCUGUACAAGUACACGUGCCAGGAGUUGCAGAGGCUCAUGGCCGAGAUCCAGGACCUGAGGAGCAGGGGAGACAAGGAUGCGGCAGUUGAGAUCGAAGAUCGGAGGAUCCAGAGCUGUGUGCAUUUCAUGACUCUAAAAAAGCUUAACCGAUUAGCCCACAUCAGGUUGAAGAAAGGAAGAGAUCAGACUCAUGAGGCUGAGCAGAAAGUGGACGCCUAUCACCUGCAGCUCCAGAACCUGUUGUAUGAGGUGAUGCACCUGCAGAAGGAGAUCACCAAAUGUCUGGAGUUUAAGUCAAAUCACGAAGAAAUCGAUCGGGUCAGCUUAGAGGAGGCUCCUCCAGAUAUCAGCAAGGCGGAAGUCACCAUGGGAGACCCUCACCAGCAGACCCUUGCACGUCUGGACUGGGAGCUGGAGCAGCGGAAAAGCCUGGUGGAGAAGUACCGAGAGUGCCUGUCCAACAAGGAGAAGAUCCUUAAGGAGACUGAAGUAAAGAAGGAGUACCUGAGUAGCCUCCAGCCUCGUCUCAACAGCAUCAUGCAGGCUUCCCUACCGGUGCAGGAUAACUUUAUGCCCUUCGACCAAGCUCACAAGCAGUAUGAGACAGCCCGACACCUACCUCCUCCCCUCUAUGUCCAGGCCACUGUGUAUGGGCAAGACAAGCGCAAGGAGAUGCUGAAGAGGCACCCGCUGUCCGUCAUGCUGGACCUGAGGUGCAAAGAUGACAGUGAACUGCACCUGACUUUCUACUACCUCAUGAACCUCAACAUCAUGACGGUAAAAGCCAAAGUGACAACCGCCACAGAACUGAUCACCCCCAUCAGUGCAGGUGACUUGCUGUCUCCUGACUCAGUCCUGAGCUGUUUGUAUCCUGGGGAUCAUGGAAAGAAAACUCCAAAUCCAGCCAAUCAGUAUCAGUUUGAUAAAGUUGGCAUCCUGACUUUGAGGGACUACAUACUUGACUUAGGGCAUCCCUAUUUGUGGGUGCAGAAGCUGGGUGACCUCCACUUCCCCAAAGAGCAGCCCCAGCACACUGUGAUCGCUGACCACUCUCUGAGCGCCAGCCACAAGGAGACCACCAUGAAACCGCUGAAGACCAGGGCGCAGUCCCGCCUGGCCCGCCACAAGUGGUUUGCCUCCCUGGAACACGGCAUUGUGCCAGUUACCAGUGACUGCCAGUACCUCUUCCCUGCAAAGGUUGUCUCUCGCCUGGUGAAGUGGGUGACGAUUGCCCAUGAGGAUUAUACGGAGCUGCAUUUUACCAAAGACAUCGUGGAGGCGGGACUGGCUGGGGACACCAAUCUCUACUAUAUGGCACUUGUGGAAAGGGGCACGGCUAAGCUCCAGGCUGCCAUGGUGCUGAACCCCGGCUACUCCUCCAUCCCACCCAUUUUCCAGCUCUGUCUGAACUGGAAAGGGGAGAAAACCAACAACAACGACGACAAUAUUCGGGCCGUGGAGAGUGAGGUCAAUGUGUGCUACAAGGAGCUGUGCGGCCCCCGGCCCGGCCACCAGCUCUUGACGAACCAGCUGCAGCGUCUGUGUGUGCUGCUGGACGUCUACCUGGAGACGGAGAGCCACGAUGACAGCGUGGAGGGGCCCAAGGAAUUUCCCCAGGAGAAAAUGUGUCUGCGGCUUUUCAGGGGCCCCAGCAGGAUGAAGCCGUUUAAAUAUAACCACCCUCAAGGAUUCUUCAGCCAUCGCUGACCUCCCACUCGGCCUGUUGUUUCCCCCCAGACCCAACUGCUGUGCCUCUGCUUUCUGCUCUGGUGCACAUGUGGCUCUUUUUUUUUUUUUUUUACAUCUUUAUUGAAGUAUAGUUGCUUUACAAUGGUGUGUUAGUUUCUGCUUUAUAACAAAAUGAAUGAGUUAUACAUAUUAAAAAAAAGUAAUAAUUACCUCCCUUCCUUAGGUACAUAUUAUAUAAAGUUUACAUUUCUAGAAAAUGAGGUUUAUUCCCUUAUAGGGGCUCAAUUAAACCUCUGAAUUAUUGCCACUCAUUUUAUCUAUUAGUGUGUUAUAGUCCAUCAUAAAUUUUAAUUUCCUAAGUAAAUUGAGAGCAAGCUGUCUGUGACAUCUGUCAACCCCACUGAUGGCCAGAAUUGAUUUGGUGGAUCUGCCCUUCUGGAAAGGUGUCCUCUUUCUUCCUGGCUCUGCCACAUGUGUCUGUCCCAAAGCUGCAUGCUUCAUUGAAGAGGAUGAUUUUCCUAGAUAGAGGAGGACAAGGAUCUAUCCGGAGUCAGGUUCUUCUGCUGGAAUAUCCAAGGCAUGUUAAGUAGGUUAUCCUGCCUGGGAUAGAUAAUGAGCCACUUGAAGGUGGAGAUUUCAUCUUUAUGUCUCCAGCCCCCUAGCACAAUACCCCUGGCACAUGGUAGACUCUAAAAUGUUUGUGGAAUAAAUAAAAAGGAAACAGACCCACAGUCAGAUCCAAUGUUAAGAUAGAUUCAAUUCUACAUUAAGGCUACACAUAUUAAUAAAAAUACAGACAGGCAAAAUUCAAACUUGCACACAUACAACGUAACUCCCUUCUUUAGAGUCCUUACUAAAACACAUAGUUUACAAACAGAAAAAAGGCUCAAUCCUGGGAAAGCCAGUAGAGGGCACCACAUACCAAAUAUAGUCAAAAUUCGGCUGCAGAAAUUGAGCACAUGUUCUAGAUACUGCUGGUCUGAGUGUUCCAAAUAGAAACAGGGUAGAGAAUAUUCCUGUGGGCUGGUGCUCUACAGGUACCUGAAUUUCUAUUCUGGUUUAAUUGUGGAUAUAAAUUUCCCUGUUUGCCUCAUUUCACUAGGUUUCAUUUUUAGAGAUAACUUUUAAAGGCUGAAUCAAAGGAUGAAAAAGCUUAUUGUAAUGGUAUAUUUGAAAAGCAGGAUAUGAAAUUGUGUAUGGAAUCUGACAAGAGCAAUGUCAAUAAUUUUUUUUAAAAGACAAAGUAUGAAAAUAAAAUGGAAAGAAAAAUCCCAAAACAUGAACA